GGCGAGGACGCCUGCGACUGCUUCGACUGCUUCGAGGGUCCGAGCUGCUCCACCCGGCUCGAAGGGGAGGCGUGCGUCGUCGUGGCCAACUCCGGCACCCCCUACCUCUUCGAGGACUAUUGGCUCGCGCGGCCGCGCAGCGCUCCCCUCUCGGUGCUCCCCUCGUACCACAUCGGCUACGACGCCCACGUGCCGCGGCUCGAGGCGGCGAUCCGCAGCCUGCACGGGCUGGUCGGCAACGCCGUCACCGACGGGCGUGAGGUGGUGGUUGGGAUCGGCUCGACCGAGCUCAUCGCGGCCGCCCUCUACGCGCUCUCCCCCACCCAAGAUGAGGCCACUGCGAGCGUCUGGUCGCGCGCCCCCUACUACUCGGGCUACAAGCAGUCGGCGACCUUCUUCCGCUCGGCUGGGUUCGAGUGGGCGGCAGACAACGCCUCCUCGCCGCCGCCCGCCACGGCGGAGCGGCCGCUGAUCGAGCUCGUCACGUCGCCAAACAACCCGGACGGCCACGCGCGCGCCGCGAGCGUGGCCGGGCCUCACAGCAGCGCCGUGAUGGACCACGCGUACCUCUGGCCGCACUUCACCGCCGUCGGCCCUCCCGUCGCCCUCUUCACGCUCUCGAAGAUGACUGGCCACGCCUCGACCCGCGUCGGCUGGGCCCUCUGCUCCGACCCGCACGUCGCGGCCCGGAUGAGGGACUUUAGUGCUUGUACGCAGGCCACCUUCGGCUCCCCGCGCGAGAACCAGCUGCGCGCCCUCGCCGUCCUCGAGCACGUCGUCGGCUCCGGCGGCGAGAUCUUCACCUUCGCGCGCGGCCGGAUGCUCCGCCGGUGGGAGCGGCUCGAGGCGCUCUUUGCC